AUGGGACAGACUCAACACAUUGAGCAGAGCGAGCCUGUAGAGAUUGACGUCAUUGCGCUUCAGGAUAUGUACAAAAAGUUUGUAACCGAGUGUCCCAGCGGCCUCUUGUUUCUACAUGAAUUUAAAAGGUUUUUUGGAGUGGGAGCUGCUGGAGAAGCAUCAGAAUAUGCUGAGAGUAUGUUCCGUGCCUUUGACAAGAACAGGGACAACACCAUUGACUUCUUAGAGUUUGUAGCAGCUCUAAACUUGGUGUUCAGGGGAGAUUUAGAGCACAAGCUCAGAUGGUCUUUUAAAGUGUAUGACAAGGAUGGCAAUGGCUUCAUAGACAAGGCUGAACUCCGAACAAUUAUUGAAAUUAUAUACCAUGUAAAGAAAUUGGACAGGAAAGGUCCAGAGGUCUCCAUUGAUGAAAUAUGUGAGCGGAUCUUCAAAGUGGUAGAUGUGGAUGAAGAUGGUCGCAUAACACUGAAGGAGUUUUUGGCAGGGGCUCGCAAAGACCCCUGGAUUCUCAACAUGCUACGAUUAGACAUGAACCCUUACAGCUGGGUGCUAGAACAGAGAAGGAAAAGUGCUCAUUUCUAA